AUGAUUGGUUUAAAAGGUGAAAUGAGAGGUACAAAACAAAGAAAGCUGAGUGAGUCAUCACAUACUAAUUUGCGUCGCAGUAAAAACUCAUCGAAGUCAUCAGAUAGUAGUUCUUCGUCAGGAAAAAAGCGUGUUACUCUGCAGAACGUUGAACAGGAUGAAGUAUCAACCGAUGUAUCAGAAUUGAAGUCGAUAGGAAAAGCACAAACGCUUGCUCAUUCAUCAGCCGAUUAUACAUUGAGUUUAAAUCAUUUGCUCGAUGUGAAUCUGCGCAAUGGUUCACAGCAAUCAAUACCUCUCAGUUCGAAAUUAGACGACUCUUUAGAUAUUACGAUUUAUUGGGCAGAUGAAAGAGGUCUCAAAUUUUCUCUAAUCGGUGGUAAAUUUGCAACAGCGUCAAGCUUGUUAUUGCUGCUUGCUGACCAUUUGGGUAUCGUUGCUGAUAUUUUCAAGCAAGUAUGCGCUCUCUGGAUGGUAUCAGAUUUAUUAGAAGUGCAGUUGAAGCCACAUCAUAAUCCAUAUGAAAUCCGGAAAAACUGGAUGCAGUUUCUACAACGAUUCACGAAUGCUGAAAGUAAUGAAUUAGUUGCUGACGAGCCGCUUCUUGUAUUGAAGCGAAAUGUGCAACUUCCUGUUGAGCGAGAACGUGAAUUGGAGGAAGAUUAUACUAACGAAAUAUUAACGGAAAUAUUGUAUAGAAGUGCAAAGCAAGAAGUUUUGAAUGGUCGAUACAUAUGUGACAUCGAUUUAAACAUAAAAUUGGCAGCCUUGCAGAUGGCUAUCGAUUUAGAACCAAAUGAAGACGUGGAUAUAAUGAAUGUGUUUGGAGAGGAGAUAGAGACAUUUUUUCCGCUGAAAUAUCGACAUAAUGUAAAAACAUUUCAUUUAUUUGGUAUUCCCAUUAUCGGUUGCAAGGGUUUGGAAACACGUAUCCUUCAAGAAUAUCGAAAUAUAAGAUUGAAUUUUGAGGGCAAACAUAGCUGUCGAAAAGCAUACCUCAAUAUUAUCCGCAAUACACCUUUUUAUGGGCAAGCGGCUGCAUUUUUUCGUGGAUACGUUGAACGACCAUCAGGAAGACCAUUGAAGGAAAUCAAAAGAAUGAUACUUUCGGUGACGUUACCAGAUAUUCCGGUUCUUAUUGGAAUCAGUUGUGGUUAUGUUACAUUGAUCGAUGAAGCAAAACAAGAGGUUCUGCUGGUGCAACGACUUCAUGACUGUGAUUGCCGCUAUGUGGAUGAUCAUUUCGAAGUUGCGAUAUCAGCAGCCGUUUUAACUGAAUGCCCAUGUUUCCUUCUGACCUUUCCGGAUACUUCAUUUCUAAAUGACCAUAAUCUAAAUUCUGAAACUGAAAUGUUAAAAUUUUCGGAACAAAUUAAAGUGCUUCAGGUAUUUAGCAAACAAGCCAUAAUGAUUGAAGCUCUCAUGAAUUCUUUAUCCAAACUAAUGGAACGAAAUACUGAAGAGAACACUGAUAGCGUAAUAUCAAACAUAAAAUAUGAUAAUUGCCGACAGGAUCUCGAGGGAGCAGUAUCGGAUAAUAGCAGUCCAGAUGAUAGAAACGCAUAUGUAACUAACGUUUCAGUGAAUGAACAUAAUAUUCAACAAAGUCACAGCAACAGUAUUGGUAGUCAGUGUUCGAGUUCCCCAAGUUCGUCUCAUCUAGAUGAACAAACAAGAGGAAGUAGUAGUAGCACUAGUCGAAGUUUGACAAAUGUAUAUAACUCACCGAGCCCACUUAUCAGCAAUAUUCAUAAACUUUGCUUGGCUACACUUGAUGCUGAUGGUCACUGUGUGGAUGCACAAGGUUCAUUAAGAGUUUUACUAGAGGUGAUGUAA